AAGCAUAGCUGUGUGUUUAACUUCAUGACCGUUCGACAUAUGACAUCACAGUACCGCGCGAUCGAGUGGAAGACUGAGCUAUCAAAUCACUCUCGCGGUGAUUUGAUGUCAUACGCCGAUUUGUCUCUUUUGCGCCGCAUGAUGUCAAACACACAGACUGGCCAAAGAGGGAAAGAGCGAGGUUAGUCAAAUGCUCGCGAAUUUAUUAGAUCAAUUUAGGUUUAAAUGGAAAAAGCAUAACGAGACAAUGCAAGAAACGAACGCUUCCCACAGAGGUGAAAGUGACUGGCAAGGUUUAGUAAAUGAGUUCUUGAUAUGCAAACAUAAGCUGGAGAGCAAGAAAGAGGCUCUUCUCAUUUUGUCCAAAGAGCUGGACACUUGUCAACAGGAGAGAGAUCAGUACAAGCUGAUGGCCAACCAGCUUCGAGAGAGACACCAGGGUUUAAAGAAGAAAUACAGAGAACUAAUUGAUGGUGAACCUUCACUUCCGCCGGAAAAGCGCAAACAGGUAAAUUUGGCCCAGUUGUUAAUGGACUCACGGGAGAGAAAUAAGCAGCUAGCUGAGGAAAUAAAAGAGCUGAACCAGAGACUAAGUGAGAUCCAGGGAGACAAUAAGCUUUUAAGGAUGACAAUUACAAAGCAGCGUCUUGGGGAUGAAGAAGCUUGGGUCAGACACUUCCCGUCUCAUGAGCGUGAAGAUUUGGUUAGGCAACUUGAACAGGCAGCCCUGCAGAGGGAAGAGCUUCAGCACAGUCUGAAGACGGUAAGCGAUGAGCUCCAGGACAUGAAGGCCGAGGCAACUGAGUUCAAGGAGAAAGCCGAACGCCUUAACCGUGAACUGAAUCAUGUUUUGGGUGGCCAGGAGAAUCGCAUCAUUGAUGUGGAUGUCCUCUGCAUGGAGAACAGAUAUUUACACGAAAGAUUAAAACACGUUCAGGAGGAGAUCCGACUGAUGAAGUGUAAUUUACAGAAAUAUAAGACAGCUCUGGAUCGAAGAAACUUAAAAAUAGAUGGCAAGUCCAACAGUAGUGUGCUAACUGGAGUCCUUUAUCCUAAACAAGUGCAGAAGUUGUUGUCGGAGGAUCACGGCUGCAGUUUACCAGCCACACCUCAGUCUCUCUCAGACCUGAAGUCUUUAGCAAUGGCCUUACUGGAGACCAUUGAAGAGAAGAACAUUGUCAUUCACCACCAAAAACAGACCAACAGAAUUCUGGGAAAUCGAAUUGCUGAUUUAGAAAGGAAGCUGAAGACUCUGGAAGUUUCUGGAUUUUGGAGUGUACCAGGAGCUGAAGAUGCCAUCACACUGACUGAGAGCCAAUGUUCCACCCCUCUCUCUUCUCUCGGCCUUUCACAUCAGCCAGAAGCCCCAAAAACAAGUAACCUGCAACCUCCUGCAGAUGACAGGACAGGAAGAGGAGGGCCAUUGCUAUGGGAGCAGGACACAGCUGGCAAUGACAGCUUCCCAAACAUGUGGCGUGUCUCCCGCCCCUGUCCAGAUGGAGGCGGAGAAGAGGUGGACGCACCUGUCACCCCUGACAACAGGGAAGAGAUCAUCUUGUGUGGCACACAAAUUGUGAGACAGACUAAUGAGCAGGUCAGGACUGAGGUGAAGGAAAGUACUGUGGAAAAUCUGGGCCGCCCAACUGUGGAAGACGGUGAAAUUUUGGGAGAUGUAAAUCCGGGGAUCGCCAUCUGAUCCGAAAGUGCAAAAACUGCAAUGGGGCAAUCUAUUGGUUAGAUCAAUCAAGCACAAAGACUUUGAGUUAAUCAUAAAACAGAUUAAAAUAUGCCAAAUAAAUAAAAAAUUGCUAAA